AUGACGACCUUACCAUUCACCUCAUCUACAAUUGACCAAGUACGAUUAAAUCUAAUACACUACAACCUUUGGACCCAAGUGGAAGUACACAACAAUUAUAUACUAAGCGGUUUACCCCCCUCCAAAUUGGUUUCUACUGAUCCUGAUUCGAAACAUGAAUGGAUUGUAUGUAAACGAUUGAAUGAGCAUCGCAAAUUGAAAGUGAGGGAAAUUAAUUCUUGGUUCGAGGAGAUAAAAGAGUAUAAAAAGGAUGGAAGCGAGGAUGGCACUUCGGGAGACGUCGAUGAGCCAGAUUCCUGUACUGAAACCAGCAUGCAAAAUUCUAAUAUCAAUGAUGCACAGCAAAAUGAAGUUGAAAACCAACUCCCAUGUAUCUCUGUCCAAAAGGAAUCAAUCUCCGAAGACAAUCAUUCGUCUACUUCCAUUUGGAAACCGAUUGAUAAUACCAUGAAUGGUAAAGGACGAGUACGUAGGCUAACAAUUGCAUUGAUUAACGACGACGGUACAAUAGUCUACUACUUCAUUCAUGAUGGAAUCACCAAACCUCGACAAAACUAA